GUUUGCACUGACAUUUUCUUGAAAAACCUUUUAGCCAUGGAUAUUGAUCUUAGCCCAAAGCAGGCCAAGAAAUCCUACGGUGGUGAUGGAGGGUCCUACUAUUCGUGGGCCAGUUCGGAUCUGCCGAUGCUUGCAGAGGCCAAAAUCGGAGCUGCUAAGCUUGCGUUGGAGAAGCGUGGUCUGGCGCUUCCUUCCUACGCUGAUUCAGCCAAGGUCGCUUAUGUCUUACAAGGAAAUGGAAAGGCUGGGAUCGUCCUACCUGAGGCCACAAAAGAAAAGGUGGUCCCAAUCAAGACAGGUGAUGCUCUGGCCCUCCCCUUCGGUGUCAUAACCUGGUGGUACAACACCAGCGACACCCAACUCAUCAUACUCUUCUUAGGUGAUACCUCAACGGCUCACCGACUCGGUGAGUUCACCAAUUUCCAACUCACCGGGUCAAACGGGUUAUUCACCGGGUUCACCUCCGAGUUCGUAGGCCGUGCAUGGGACUUGAACGAAGAACAAGUUCAAAAGCUUGUAAAAAGCCAAACCAGCAAUGGCAUUAUCAAGCUCAAAGAAGGCCUUAACCUACCCGAACCAUCGAAAGAGGACCGCAAUGGUCUGGUCUUGAACUGUUUAGAAGCUCCUUUGGAUGUGGACAUUCCAAAUGGUGGGCGAGUCGUUGUUUUAACGAGCCAGAAUCUUCCGUUGGUCGGCGAAGUCGGUCUUGGGGCUGAUUUAGUUAGGAUUGAUGGUAAUUCGAUGUGUUCGCCUGGUUUCUCAAGUGAUUCGGCGUUCCAAGUGACUUAUAUUGUGAAGGGAAGCGGUCGAGUUCAGGUCGUUGGGAUCGAUGGUCGACGUGUUUUGGAGACUCGGAUCGAGGCUGGGUGUUUGUUCAUCGUGCCGCGGUUCUUCGUCGUGUCGAAGAUUGCUGAUGGUGAUGGUAUGGCUUGGUUCUCCAUUAUCACCACGCCCAACCCUGUCUUCAGUCAUCUGGCAGGAAAGACUUCUGUGUGGAAGGCUCUGUCUCCUCAAGUGCUUGAAGCUUCUUUCAAUGUCUCUCCUGAUUUAGAGAAGCUUUUCAGGUCUAAGAGAACCACAGAUGAAAUCUUCUUCGCUCCACCCAAAUGAAAAUUUGAAAGACAAGACUCUCUCCUUUCUAUUUGGGUUUUUUUUAGCAGACUUUGGUUGGUAUUAUUAGUAUAAUAUUUCUUUGAAUAAAAGUAGACUUUGGUUUUAUCUAA